AUGUCUGUAUCAACGACCAUAUACGUUGGCAACCUCAGCUACUCCACAGAAACAGCUACAAUGGGCAAUUUCUUCACAAAGUUCGGCCAAGUCAAGACAGCCCGCAUUAUCACAACAGUUUUCCGUGGCGAAAAACGUUCUCGUGGCUUCGGCUUUGUUGAAUACGAAACAGAGGCCGGUUUCAAGGCUGCUGUUGACAACAAGGAACCAAUCGAAAUCGAUGGUCGCAAGAUCAGAGUAGUUCCAGCCAAGGAAAAGAGGAAAUCUAAGACAGCUUUCCUUAACAGAUUACCAGAUCAGGCUACAGAGGAGACAAUCAAGGCUCAGUUCAAGGACUACAAGAUCACAGACUUCCGCAUGAAAACAUCCAGAACAACAAAGCAGCGCUUCUGCUUCAUAGAAUUUGAAACACCAGAAAUGUUAACAGAUAUUCUUAAUAACCACAGGAAGUUCGAGCUUGGCGGCGCAACCUUAAUAGUAAAGAUUGCUCGCCCACUCAUUAGACGCUUCCCAUCUAGACGUUGGGGCCCAGGAAGAUAUAAACGCUCUGCCAGAAAGGCUAAGGCUUCAACUGCUGCUCCAAAUGAACCACAGCCAAAGAAAGAAUAA